UCAGUGCUGGGAAUGAUGAGCUGCAGCCAGAGCUCCUGCUGCAGUGGCGGCUCCUCAGAAAACAACAGAAAACUGUUACGGGGACUGUGGUCAGAGGCGGUUACUUUUCUGGCCGCGCCCCUCUGCAUUGGCCGUGUGUUCAGAGGCUGUGGACUCUGGUCCUCAGCUUCCCUACCAGAGCCCCUGCUGGUGGUGGGUCGUGGUUAGGAGGCCGCGGGCGCAGCUGGGGCCUCGUGCCUUAAAUGAUCCAGGUUCAGCAUCCUCUUGUAAAAGAACUGUAUGUUUUAAUAUGAUCAUGACGUGUAGACUUAUUUGUCAGUUAGGUGACUUGACUUCUCCUCACCAGACCCUUCCUACUAAUGGCUCAGGGGGACAGUGUGCGCCACCCUGUAGCUGUCAGGACCUGCCACCUGGGGAAGGAAAGGGUGACGACUGGGGCAGAGGUUUGACUUGGGCUCCACCCCCAGAUUCGCCAGGCGUUUCUGCUGUGGACCAUGUGAGGAAAUAUGUAUGAAAGUCCCACCGUCAGAAAUGCCCACCUUUUGUUGAACCCCUGUUAGGUUCCAGACCCUGAGCGAGGCACUUUAUUUCUACCGUGUUUCACCUUUCCAGCCUGGCAAGGUGUCAGUGGGGAGUCGUCCCCAGGCAGAGGGUAAAGGCUGGUGAGACGGGCAGGCUGGGCCUGUGUUGCUGCAGCGCAGCACUCGGCCUUCGUGGGCUCUGCCCCACUCCACGGCACCUUGUCAGCACGAGGCUGCUGAGUUCUGUGCCGUCUGUACGCCGUUCUGUGCCAUUCCACUGGGGUCACCAGAAAACCGGCUGGGGCUGCACACACUUCUCCUCUGGGGUGUCCUCAUCGUGUGCCCCUCAGAGUCUCCCUGAUGGACUCUGGUCCUUCCCCAGGUGGCAGGGCUUGGAGGAUGAGCCCACUCUCAGGGGCGCCCUCCUCGCCCACAGUCUUCUGCUGCUUCUAAGUCAGACAUACGCGGACCACGCGUGUGGGGCCUCUGGGGGAGGAGGUGUGAUGCUGGGUUCAGCCGUGGUCUUGGGGCAGCUGUGCCCGGGCUCUGGGUGUGACAGCCCCUGCCGCCAGCCCUCACCUCAGCGUUGGCGCCCGCAGCCUCUUGACUCUGCCCUUCCAGGUCGUUGGCACAUUGGCUAGAAUAACUCGUGGAUCUGUCUUUUCUUUCUUUCUGAAUGUAAUCAUUAUCAGUCAGCUUUGGCCAUUUUCCUUCUCUGUCUCGGGGUGCAGUCCCCGUGGGACUUGGCAGUGAGGUCCACUCCAGUAGCUGAGCAUUUCUUCAUAUCUGUAUAUAAUCUACUCCAGGCUUUUCGUCUUUGAGGGUCGGCCUGCAGAUCUCCCUGGACUACUGGUGGUGCACAAAUGUCGUCCUGCGAGGGGUGGAGGAGCCCGGGGUACUUGGAGGUGAUGUCUGCAUGUCACCAGCGGGCGGCCGACGCCCUGGUGGCUGGGGCCAUCAGCAACGGGGGCCUCUACGUGAAGCUGGGCCAGGGGCUGUGCUCCUUCAACCACCUGCUGCCCCCCGAGUACAUCAAGACACUGCGGGUGCUGGAGGACAGGGCUCUCACGCGGGGCUUCCGGGAGGUGGACGAGUUGUUCCUCGAAGACUUCCGGGCCCCGCCCCACGAGCUCUUCCAGGAGUUUGACUACCAGCCCAUCGCGGCGGCGAGCCUGGCCCAGGUGCACCGCGCCAGGCUGCAUGAUGGCUCCGUGGUGGCCGUGAAGGUACGCGGGGCCCCCGUAGGGCGCCGCUGGGGGCACCCGGGCGCCGGUGGCCAGUCCUCCCUGCAGCCUCCCGUGCAGGUGCAGUACAUCGACCUGCGGGACCGCUUCGACGGCGACAUCCACACUCUGGAGCUCCUGCUGCAGCUUGUUGAGCUCAUGCACCCCAGCUUCGGCUUCAGCUGGGUCCUCCAGGACCUGAAGGGGACCCUGGCCCAGGAGCUGGACUUUGAGAACGAGGGCCGCAAUGCCGAGCGCUGUGCACGGGAGCUGCAGCACUUCCGCUAUGUUGUGGUGCCACGCGUACACUGGGACGUGUGCAGCAAGCGCGUGCUGACAGCGGAAUUCUGUGAGGGCUGCAAGGUCAACGACGUGGAGGCCAUCAAGACCAUGGGGCUGGCGGUGCGGGAUAUAGCAGAGAAACUGAUCAAGGUCUUUGCCGAGCAAAUAUUUUACACAGGCUUCAUCCACUCUGACCCCCACCCUGGCAAUGUUCUGGUGCGGAAAGGCCCUGAUGGGAAGGGACAGCUGGUGCUGCUGGACCAUGGACUGUACCAGUUCCUGGAUGAGAAGGAUCGGUCAGCCCUGUGCCAGCUGUGGCGGGCCAUCAUUCUGAGGGACGAGGCUGCCAUGAAGGCGCACGCAGCUGAGCUCGGGGUGCAAGACUACUUCCUGUUCUCCGAGGUGCUCAUGCAGCGGCCUGUGCGCCUGGGGCAGCUGUGGCGCUCACACCUGCUGAGCCGGGAGGAGGCAGCCUACAUGCAGGACAUGGCGCGGGAGCACUUCGAGGAGGUCAUGGCCGUGCUCAAGGCCCUGCCGCGGUCCAUGCUGCUCGUGCUGCGCAACCUCAACACCGUGCGCGCCAUCAACACCGCCCUGGGCGCCCCAGUGGACCGCUACUUCCUCAUGGCCAAGAGCGCAGUCCGGGGCUGGAGCCGCCUGGCGGGCGCAAGGUACCAGAACGUCUAUGGUGCCAGCCUCCUGCGCCACAUCAGGGUUAUCUGGGAGUCGUUCAAGUUUGAAGUGGCCCUGAGGCUGGAGACCCUGUCGAUGCGGAUCACUGCCCUCCUGGUCCGAGUCCUGGUCCACCUGGGCCUCAUGCCCAAGACCAAGGAGCUGUACGAGUACCUGGAGACCUAGGGAGCCCC